UAGGUUUAGGACCAAAACAAUCAAAUUGACACACGUGGCAUGUGAUGGUCCUUUGACGCGUCUUCUUUGUCUUGUGUUAUGUUGUGUGUGUCGGUAUGCAAUGUAAUAUCUUUUUCAAAUGCAUUUAUACAUGAAAACAACACCAGCUGUCCCUCUUUUUGACUUACGUCCCCAUGCACAUGGCCCCAUUAUUGACAUAAUCACACCGUUCAAAACUCUCCAACUGCUAAGGCUAAUGCUAAUGCUUCUGCUAUCUUCUCUUCUCUCUCCAAUCCAAUCUCCAAGCCCCAAACCCCAUUUGUUGCAUGGACGCCUCGAUCUUCUUCUCCAUCUCAAUCUUCCUAUUCUCCGCCGCAUUCCUUCCACUCCCCACCUCGUCAGGACCCAUUACCGUCCACUCCAUCACCCCAAACUUCACAGCCUCAAACUUCAAAUUCGUCGACCAUGGCGGCACCUUCUUGGUCUCCCUCAACGGCUCAUUCAAAGCCACCAUCACCAACUCCAAAUCCCCUCUCCACCUUCACCACUACUACCUCUCCGUCAUCCACGUCAGCUCCUCCGCCGUCGUUUGGUCCGCCAACCGCGACGCUCCCAUGUCCCAGUCCUCCCUUCUCUCACUCACCACCCACGGCCUUAGAAUCACCAACGACUCAACCUCAGCAACGACAAACCAACUCUUAUGGUCCACACCCAACUUCACCUCCCGAGUCUCCUCUCUCCAACUUCUCGAAACUGGAAACCUCGUAUUGCUCGACGACCAAAACGUCACCCUUUGGCAGAGCUUCGACUACCCGACUGACACCAUCGUCCCCGGCCAGCGCUUACGCGUCGGCAAAACACUCGUCAGCUCCAAGUCACCAGACGACAUGUCAAGCGGUGACUAUCGCUUAACCGUUACUGAUGAAGACGUGGUGCUGCAAUGGAAGAAAACGACGACGUAUUGGAAGCUGUCCAGUGACGCGAGGGAUUUGAAAGACUCCAACGCGGGGGUAUCGUUCGUGGAGUUGAAUGGCACUGGUUUGUUUGUGUUUGGAGGUAAUGGAACGAGGGCUGUGUUCGAUAUAAUGCUUGGAGCUUCGGUAGGUUUUAGGAAUAUGAAGUUGGGUGAUGGUGGGAGGUUAAGCAUAAGCAGAUUCGUACGUAACAACACCUCGGUUGAAGAGUUCACGGCCCCAUCUCAACACUGCCAAGUUCCUUUGGUUUGUGGAAAACUCGGCCUUUGUAGUGGCGCCACCAACUCUGUACCCUAUAACUGUGCUUGUCCGCCUGGUUUCGACAGCAAAGUUCACCCCGCUGGCGCCGAUUGUGUGCCCGCCAAUGCAUCCCUUUCUUUAACUACUCCUUGUAAAACCAACAACGGUUCCACUACUCUUCAGCUCAACUCAUCUCUUUCGUACAUACAACUAGGCAACGAUACGAACUAUUUCGCCAAUGAUUUUAUGGACCCUUUGAAGAAAAAUGUCACUCUAUCCGUUUGUCAAGAUCUAUGCUCCCAAAACUGUUCUUGCUUGGCCAUUUUCCAUGAAGCUUCUUCUGGUUCAUGUUAUUUGAUUGAGAAUGAACUAGGUUCACUCACCAGGUCUAGCCCUGGUACUCAGAACGGUCGUGUGGGAUAUAUAAAGACUUUAGUGGUGGCAUCAUCUUCGGCUGUUAUUAGUAGCAAUGAGAACAGACUUAGUUUUCCAAUAGCUGGUUUUGUACUCAUACCCUUGUCUGGUUUGGUUCUUAUAAUAGCUGCGGUGCUCUUAACAACCCUUUGGUUAAGAAGAUAUAAAAAGACUUUUGGACCCUCAAAAAUUGCAAGAUUAGAGCGUUGGGACUCAUCUUCAUCGAGUGAGUCAGAGGACAUAUCAAUCCCUGGUUUACCAGUGAGGUUUGAUUAUGAGGAGCUGGAAGCUGCCACUGAGAAUUUCAAAACCCAAAUUGGCAGUGGAGGAUUUGGGACAGUCUACAAAGGUACUCUUGCUGACAAAACUGUGGUGGCUGUGAAGAAAAUGACUAGUUUGGGAGUCCAAGGAAAGAAAGAAUUCUUCACAGAAGUUUCCAUCAUAGCCAACAUCCACCAUGUCAAUCUGGUUAGCUUGAAAGGGUUUUGUGUGCAAGGAAGCAAGCGUUUUCUGGUGUUUGAGUUCAUGAACAAGGGCUCAUUGGAUCGAGUUCUUUUCGGUAAUGGUGGUCCUGUUCUGGAAUGGGGAGAGAGAUAUGAGAUAGCCCUUGGAACAGCAAGAGGACUUGCUUACUUACACAACGGCUGCAACCACAAGAUCAUCCACUGUGAUGUCAAGCCAGAAAACAUUCUCUUACAUGGAAAUUCACAAGUGAAGAUAUCAGAUUUCGGCUUGUCAAAGCUGCUGAACCCCGAACAGUCUGGUUUCUUCACCACCAUGAGAGGGACAAGGGGUUAUCUAGCACCAGAGUGGCUAACAAACACUGCAAUCACAGACAAAGUUGAUGUGUAUGGUUAUGGAAUGGUGUUACUCGAAAUCGUUAGAGGAAAGAAGAACUACUUGACAUCAUUAUCAUCAUCAGAGCGUUAUUUUCCUUUGCUGGCACUAGAAAUGCAUGAGCAGAAAAGGUACUUGGAGUUGGUGGAUCCGAGGUUGGAAGGGAGAGUGUCGAGUGAGGAGGUGGAGAAGUUGAUAAAGAUAGGGCUGUGCUGCGUGCAGGAGGACCCUGCGCUGAGGCCGAGCAUGGCUGGUGUGGUGGGGAUGUUGGAAGGGGCAGUGGCCUUGGCCGAGCCAAGAGCGCAGUCACUGAAUUUUUUGCGUUACUAUGGGAAAAGAAUGAGUGAGACUACUGAGACAUCUUCUUCAGUUGAAGUUGAAACAGGGAACAAGAAUGAGUUGGGAUUUUGGAAAAAUAAUAGUACAAGUAGCUACAUUUCUACGGAAGAGCUGUCUGGUCCCAGGUGAUACAUAUAUAUAUAUAUAUAUAAUACAUAGAUAUGACAUGAGAUUGUGCUUCUCUUUCUAUAUACUUUUGUAUUCUCUUCUAUUCUAUUCAGUUCUUAGUUAUUGAUAAUAUAAUGUAAAUAAAGUGUAUUCCAUUGCCAUUUCUACUUUGUAAAUAAAACUCUGGUUAAAGAACGCUACUACACUAGUGAGUGAGUGUUUCUUUCUACUUUGUUAAUUAUAAUCAGUAGACUGUAGCUUAGAGUAGUAUGUCAAGAAUUUGCAUUUCAAUAGGAAGAGGAGGAGAGAGUUUGACAAAAGAAUUUUGAUAUAUUUUUGGACUGAGUUGUCCUUGAGGAUGA